AUGGCAUAUAUGUGUACGGACAGUGGAAAUCUAAUGGCAGUUGCCCAACAAGUGAUCAAGCAAAAGCAACAGCAAGAGCAGCAACAACAGCAGCAACAACUCGUGGGUGUCAACACGUUUUGUCCGAGUCCAUGGACCACUACUCACCAGAGCCUAACCAAUAGUCCGACUAUGGGGUAUGGCUUCACAGGACCUGGAUUUCCCGACCCUUUUCAGGUCGCUGGAGGGCCGGAAAGUGGGGAACAUGGGUUUCAUUUCCCGAAUUUGGAGAACAAUUCGGGUGGGUUUAGGUUUGCUGAUUUUGGUGGUGGGCCUGGCGUUGAGUUCGACUCGGAUGAGUGGAUGGAAAGCUUGAUGGGCGGUGGAGAUUCAACCGAGAGUUCUAAUCUUCAUUCUACUUGCAACGCGUGGCAAACCAACUCCGAUUUCGAUCUCUAUGGUGCGGAUCCAUUCACUACCGGCCCGAGUCGACUCAGUAUAGGUUCAUCUCCACCCUCCGAUCUUAACCGAGUGAUUUUGUCGGAAACUCAAAAGAACCCUAACCCUCUUCAAUCUCAGACCAUUCAUUGGGUGCCACCGGCAUCUCCUCCACCUCCAGCAACGACCGUUAGAGAUUCCAAAGCAGCCAAUUUUUCACCUAAAAACGAUGUCGUAGCGGCUGGUGCUUCCUCUAGUUCACCAGAAACAUUGUCUUCGAAACCAUUGUUGAAAGCUUUAAUCGACUGUGCUCGAGUUGCAGAGUCUGAGCCUGAAAAUGCUGUAAAAUCACUGAUUCGACUCAGAGAAUCAGUCUCCGAACACGGAGAUCCAACUGAGCGAGUAGCUUUUUACUUCACAGAAGCUCUUUACAGUAGAGUCUCGAAUCAAGCAGAGAAUACUCCAACAAUAUUCGAAACCACUUCCGAAGAGUUCACCCUCUCGUACAAAGCUUUCAACGACGCUUGCCCAUACUCAAAGUUCGCCCAUUUGACAGCCAACCAAGCAAUCCUCGAAGCCACUGAAAAUGCUAAGAAAAUCCACAUCGUCGACUUUGGUAUAGUUCAAGGUGUUCAAUGGGCGGCUCUUUUGCAAGCUCUGACGAAUCGGCCCGCUGGGAAACCCACAAGGAUUCGGAUCUCCGGUAUUCCUGCGCCAGCGUUGGGGAAAUCUCCGGCAGCAUCGCUGUUAGCCACUGGGAAACGAUUGGGUGACUUCGCGAAGCUUAUGGAUCUGAAUUUCGAGUUCGACCCGGUUCUCACGCCUUUCCAGGAGCUUAACGAGUCGAGUUUCCGAGUCGAAACGGACGAGUUCUUGACCGUUAACUUCAUGCUUCAGUUGUACAACCUAUUGGACGAGAGGAACGACGCCGUUGAGACUGCUCUUCGGUUGGCCAAGUCGCUGAACCCGAGCAUAGUCACAUUGGGUGAGUACGAAGCGAGUUUAAACCGAGUUGGAUUUCUCCAUCGAUUCAAGAACGCACUGAGAUAUUACUCGGCCGUUUUCGACUCUCUAGAACCCAACUUGUCACGGAACUCACCUGAGAGGCUUCAAGUGGAAAGACUAUUACUUGGCCGGAGAAUCGCUGGAGUUUUGGGACCGGAAGAACCUGGAAUCCGAAGAGAACGAAUGGAGGACAAAGAACAGUGGAGAUUACUAAUGGAAAGAGCCGGUUUCCACUCGGUAGCACUCAGCCAUUACGCAGUGAGUCAAGCAAAAAUACUACUUUGGAGCUACAAUUACAGUGAAUUAUAUUCUCUGGUUGAUUCUUCACUUGGGUUUCUCUCUCUUGCUUGGAAUGAUUUCCCUGUUCUCACUGUCUCAUCGUGGCGUUGA